AAAAGACACGUUUGGAUACACAGUUUGAACACAGGCAUCGUUUACAACACAGCAUUUAGCGAAUGAGUGAGAAACACAGCAGACAUGAAUCGGAGACUAGUGUCAGCUGUAAACGACAACGAUAUGAAUGAGGUUGAGAGGCUUCUCUCGUCAGGCGCCUCACCAGAUGCCUAUGAUCAUGAUGGUAAAUGUCCUGUACUGGUGACGGCUUGUGAUAAUGGCUUUAGUUCCAUUGUACAAGUUUUGCUAAAGAAGGGAUCAAAUGUGAACAAAACUGAUGAUCUUGGUAACACUGCUCUAAUGGUUGCAGUCCAGCGUGGAGAUGUUUCACUAAUUGCUAUGUUGUUAUCAGCCAAAGCGGAUGUUAACCUGAAGAAUACUUGUGGAUGGACAGCACAGGAUUUGGCUAAGGACAGCAAUCACUCCACAGUUAUCAGUUUGUUAAGGAGUCGGUGUGAUAUCAAUAAAGCCAAUGUAAGACUUGUUGAUGUGAAUCUGAAUCAUUAUUUGUAAUCAUUGUAUUGUAAAUUUGAUGUGUAAGUGUGACAUAAAUAUGAAUUCUGAUUUUAUGUAGACACUCAAUACAGUUGAUUAUAAAAUGAUCAUUUGACAUUGUGAGAUAACACUAAAU